AUGGAGCCAAAGCACAAAGAGUUGCUCGACCAGUGCCACCAGAACUUACUGGAGUCCAUCACAGACGCGGACCGGGUCAUAGAGCUGCUGGUAGUCUCCGGCACCUUGAGCCAGCUGGACCGGUUCGAGCUGGACCAGAACUGCUCGUCCAGCGCCGAGAAAGUGGACCACCUUCUGAAGAUGCUGGUGAACAAGGAGAGCGACCAUUUCCUCGACCUGUGUGUGGCCCUGGAGAAGGCUUACCCUGACCUGUACACUGCUCUGUUCAGCAACAACGGAGGGGGACCCGUGGACCACUCCACCGGUUCCACAUACAGCGUUCUCUCCACUAUGCCCUCCGACUCAGAAAGCAGCAGCUCCCUCAGUAGUGUUGGUUCGCCCGUUAACGGCGAAGCAUCCUCCCCACCCCCCAGCCAUCAAGACAACCGGCCAUCCGGCGACAACCUGGACACCAUAUUGUUCCAGCUCCGCCAGGUGACCAGGGAGAGGGACGAGCUCCGCAAGCGUCUGGCCUUGGCAUCGCCCGGGACCACCUUCGACGACUGCAGGCCAAAUUCCAAAGCCAGUCAUGACUAUGAGCGUCUGAAAAGUCAGUGCAUGAGGGCCAUGGCAGACCUGCAGUCUCUCCAGAACCAGCACACCAAAACACUCAAGAGGUGCGAGGAGGCUGUAAAAGAGGCUGACUUCUACCACAUGCUGCACAGCCGCGUCUUGGGCGAACAGACGCAGCUGAAGGAGGAGAUGGAGACACUCAGGAGGGACAACGCCCAACUCGUCAGAGAGCACAACCACCUGAAACAGAACUGUGAGGAGCUCAAACGACUGCACGGCCAAGACCAGAAAGAGUUAGCGGACCUCCGGCAGCAGCAACAGCAGGUAAUGAGAGAGAAGGGCUCAUCAGAGGUGUUAAACAAACUGUACGACACCGCUGUGGACAAGCUGGAGGGCGUGAAGAAGGAGUACGACGCCCUGAGCAAGCGCUACAGCGAAAAGGUGGCGAACCACAACACGGACCUGAGCCGCCUGGAACAGGCCGAGGAGGAGAACCGGAGGCUGCAGAAGCAGAUGGACGCACUGCUCAAACAGCGAGACUCGGCCAUGCACUACCAGCAGCAGUACUCCACCUCGAUGAGGAGGUUUGAUUCAGUGCAGCUGGAGCUGAACAAGUCCUCGGCCCAGAACAAGGAGCUGCAGAGAGAGAUGGAGCGCCUGCAGUCGGAGGUGACGCGCUACAAGAACCUGCAGCUGAAGGCGGCCAAAGACUGCGAGAAGUACAAGGAGGAGAGGGACUCUGUGUUCAACGAGUAUCGCCUCAUCAUGAGCGAGAGGGACCAGGUGAUCAAGGAGCUGGACAAGCUGCAGACGGAGCUGGAGGCGGCCGAGGCCCGACUGAAAAACACGUCUUCAGAGAGAGUGGUGGCCAGUGAAGAGCUGGAGGCACUCAGACAGGAGUUGAACUCGUCACUGGUGGACCGCGACAGGGCCAUCUGCGAGAGGAACGAGCUGCUGGAGAAGUACUGCCACGAGGUGAAGGACAAGGCCGAGGCCCAGAAGGAGCUGAGCCAGGCCUGCAAGGACAUCGAGAUGGUCCGGGAGGAGAGGGACGUGGCCCGCAAAGAGAGGACGGAGGCCAUCAUUCAAAGGGAUCAGUUGCUCCGAGAGUACUAUCAGGCCAGACAGAAACAAGACUCGGCCACCCUGGACAUGGAGCGAGCCAAUAAGGAGAUCGAGAUGCUGAGGAAACAGUACGAGGCCAUGUCCCAGGAACUGAAGGAGGCCACGCAGGAGGCCGAGGUGGCCAAGUGUCGACGGGACUGGGCCUUUCAAGAGAGGGACAAAAUAGUGGCGGAGAGGGAGAGCAUAAGGACUCUGUGUGAUAACCUACGGCGGGAAAGGGACCGGGCGGUCAGCGACCUGGCCGAUGCCCUGCGUAACCUGGACGAUAUGAGGAAACAGAAGAACGAUGCGUUGCGAGAGCUCAAAGAACUAAAGGAGAAGAUGGAGAGCCAGCUGGAGAAGGAGGCCCGGUUCUGUCAGCUAAUGGCCCACAGCUCUCACGACUCGGCAAUCGACACGGACUCCCUGGAGUGGGAGACCGAGGUGGUGGAGUUUGAGAAAGACAGGGACGACAUGGAUUUGAAGGCACUUGGGUUUGAUAUCGCUGAGGGGGUAAAUGAUCCGUAUUUACCAGGAGAUUGUGGAAUAUUUGUUACAAGAGUGGACAAAGGAAGUAUUGCAGAUGGAAGGUUAAGAGUGAACGAUUGGUUGUUGAAGAUUAAUGAUAUGGACCUGACCAAUAAGGACAGGAAGCAGGUGGUGAAGGCUGUCCUCAACGGCGGCGGAUUGAUCAACAUGGUGGUACGAAGAAGGAAGUCUCUGGGAGGAAGGCUCGUCACUCCUGUCCACAUCAACCUCGUGGGACACAAAGACAGCGGUAUUGGUCUGGAGAGCGGCGUGUUCGUCACUGCCCUCGUCCAGGGCAGUCCAGCAGCCAGGGAAGGUUCUCUCACAGUUGGAGACAGACUGAUCGCUAUAAACGGCAUUGCUCUGGAUAACAAAUCUGUGACGGAGUGUGAGGCUCUGUUGAGGAGCUGCAGGGACUCUCUCAGCCUCUCUCUCAUGAAGUUCUUCCCUCACAGCACAUCAGGCCAGAACAUCUUCGAGAGUCUGCGCGAGUCAUCAGAGAAGUCAAACGGGCGCAUUCACCUGUCCGAGAUUCACUCCCGGAACAGCCGCAACCUCAAACACAACAGCUCGACGCAGACCGACAUCUUCUGCCCCGAUGGCAGCAGCACCAGCACAAGUAGCAUCUCCGGGGAGAGGAGGAAGGUCAGAGGUGAAUCUGACGAGGUGUACGGUGACAUCAGCAAGCCGUUCUCCACGGGUUCCCUCCACGCCACGAGCCUCCGGCCGGGCUCCGACUUGGGCACUGGCCGCUACGGGCCCAGUGCUUUCCAAGAGUGCUGUCCCUACACUAAGGCACCUUCCUCCUUGCCCUUUGACCCCGUCUCUGCCUCGGACUGCAUCACGAUGGAGACGACCCUGGAGAAGAAGCAUAGCGGGGGCACGUGGCCCAAGAUGAUGGUGGGAGGUAUGUCGGUUGCACCAGAUAACACCAGUCAAGUCACAGCAGCAGCCCAGCUCUCCAUUUACAAAUCGCCCAAGCAGAGGAAGUCCAUCUUCGACCCGGACACUUUCAAACGCCCCGAAACGCCCUCCUCUAAGAUGGAGUACAUGGCGGCCAAUCAGAUCGCAGCAGUAGCCGCCGCCGUCGCAGCUUGCCACUCCCCGCAGCCUUCGAAGACAGAGUCCCUCUCCUCCUCAUCCACCCCUACCCCGACCCCUCCGACCCCGCCCACCCGCAGCGACUCUUUUAAGUUCAAACACAAACAUCAGAGCAGCUCCGCCUCCGACUGCACAAUCACCUCAGACGGCAAGGGAGAGGCCGCCAUCUCCAUGGCAACGGGAGAGAGCAGAGAGAGGAGCGAGCGAGAAAGAGACAGGAACGGAAACCACUAUUUCCUGGACGGCAAGGUCCUGACCUCGAGGAAGUCAUGCGACGAGGACAUAGGCCGAACCAGGGGGGAGGAGCCAGAGGUGAAGAGGCCGCGCCCUAAAUCUGCCCCCGCCCUACGACGUAGGAUGACCCCCCAGACCAUCACUCUCCCCUCCUUCCAAAGCUACUCUAACGACGAGCAUUCACCAGAGCCCAGGGACAUGCUGCGUUCCUCCCCCAGCCGCUCUCACAGGCACAGUGUCGGCUUCGUCCCCACAGUCUACAACGGCACCCUACCUCCUAAUUCAGCCCACCGGGGUCUGGCUCCUUGCCCCGCCGUGACGGCCGUGAUGAGGAAUCCAGUGUACACGGUGCGCAGCCACCGCGUUCAUACCAGCAACUGUCCAUCUGUCGCCUCCCAGAUAUGUCACCAGCACACCCACACCAGCCCACAACACCAGGGUCGUCUGAGCCUGGACCUGAGCCAGCAGAAGCGCACGAGCGACUACUCUGAAUCAUCAUCGUCACGCAGCAGCAGAGCUUCACACGGUACAAACUCACUGCCCUCCAGCGCACGACUCGGUUCUUCCAAUAAUGUCCAGUACCGCACAGAGAGGAUCAAAAUCCCUUCCACUCCCCGCUACCCCCGCUCCAUGCUGGGGUCAGACAGAGGCUCCCUCUCGCACUCCGAGUGUAGCAGUCCCAGUCUCAUCACACCUCCGCAGUCGCCACUCAAUCUGGAGACUUCCUCGUUUGCCAGCAGCCAAUCGCAAGGCUCCAUUUCCACGUUACCUCGCAUCUCAGUCAGCCCUGUGCAAAUAGGGGAGCGCAGGAAAGACAGAUCUCUUUACCGUAACAGAUCUUUUCUGAGGAUUCCUCUGGCUGCUAGGCCGAGGUUCUCCUCUCUCAGGAGCCUCAGGCCAUACUUGGAGGAACCCCGCAAUGUCAUUGUGCACAAAGGCGCGGAGCCUCUGGGCAUCUCCAUUGUCAGCGGGGAGAACGGAGGGAUCUUUGUCUCCAAAGUCACUGGAGGUAGCAUCGCCCACCAGGCAGGGUUGGAGUACGGAGACCAAUUACUGGAGUAUAAUGGCAUCAACUUGCGGAACGCCACGGAGCAGCAAGCUCGCCUCAUCAUCGGCCAGCAGUGUGACACCAUCACCAUUAUGGCCCAGUACAACCCACACAUGUACCAGCUGGGCAACCACUCUCGCUCCAGCUCCCGUCUGGAGCCAGUCAGCACUCAGUUGACUCCCCAGGGGAGCGGAGCCGCCACCCCCGACAAUCACUCCACCAUCGACACACUCAGCGAACAGGACGAGGGCACGCUCACUCCUUCCUCCAAGCAGACCACACCCACUACCAGUCCCCACAAUUUCAUCAGAAUGCCAUCUGAGGGCAGCAGGAAGGCGGGCGAGCCGCGGCUUGUGACGGUGCGCAGGCCUGGGGUGGAGGUGGGAGUCACUCUCUGCGGAGGCAACCUACGGGGCGUCUACAUAGAGAGCCUGGAUGAGGACAGUCCUGCCAGAGGCCCUGAUGGACUGCUUCCUGGGGACCUCAUUCAGGAGUACAACUCGGUGAAUAUGAAGAAUAAGACGGCAGAAGAGGUGUACGUGGAGAUGCUGAAGCCCGCGGAGACGGUCACGUUCAAGGUGCAGCAUCGGCCAGAUGACUUCAGCACGCUCAAAGAUGUUCCAGGAGAUGGCUUUUAUAUUAGAGCACUUUACGACCGGGCGGGGGAGGCCGAGGGGGACCUCAGCUUCAAGAAGGACGACAUCCUGUACGUGGACGAGUCUUUACCAAAGGGCAGCUUCGGGACAUGGAUGGCCUGGCAGCUAGAUGAGAACGCACAGCAGAUCCAGAGGGGGCAGAUCCCCAGCAAGUACAUGAUGGACCAAGAGUUUUACCGCAGACACAGCGUGACCGAAAUGAAGGAAGACUCCAGUAAGACUCUCUCCGCAGCCGCCCGCAGAUCCUUCUUCAGGAGGAAACAGAAACACAAACGCAGCAGCUCCAAAGAUAGCAAAGAGAUGGUGGCUCUGGACGCCAUCAGCACCGACUCCAUCCCCUUCCUCGACGACUGUGUGAGCCUGGCAUACCAGCGGGUCCAGAAGGUGGAGUGCUCCUCUCCCCGACCGGUACUCAUCCUUGGGCCGCUCACCGACGCCGUCAAGGAGAUGCUGGUCAAAGAGUCUCCCGGGAAGUUCUGCAGAUGUGUACUGGAGGUGAUGAAGGCAUCCCAGCAAGCCAUUGAGCGGGGCGUCAAAGACUGCCUCUUCAUCGACUACAAGCGCAGGAGUGGCCAUUUUGACGUGACCACUGUUGCUUCUAUAAAGGAAAUAACAGAUAAGGGCUGUCACUGUUUGCUCGACAUUGCCCCGCACGCCAUCGAAAGGCUCCACAGCGUUCACAUUUAUCCAAUUGUCGUCUUCGUCCGCUACAAAAACGCAAAGCAGAUCAAGGAGCAGAAAGAUCCGGUUUAUCUGCGGGACAAAGUAUCUCAAAAACAUUCCAAGGAGCAAUUUGAAAGUGCGCAGAAGAUAGAGCAAGAGUACAGCAAGUUCUUCACAGGUAUCGUCCAAGGCGGCGCCCUCCCCUACAUUUGCACUCAGAUCAUGACUAUAGUUGAUCAAGAACAAAGUAAAGUCCUGUGGACUCCCCUCGGCUGCCCCUAGAGGAGACCGGCUGCCACUACAGCGAGCUGCGGCUCUCAUCUCCAUUCCCCAGACACUAAUUAACCCCUUCACACUACACCAAUAGGUACACUACAGUGAGCUAGCUUUGUAAAUUAUUGAUAUUUUUUAA